AUGGCACCACACGCUAUUGAAACAGGGAGUAUUGGUUCCAAGACCAGUGUUUCUUCUAAUCCUUUUGAAUCAACUAUAGAUCCAUAUUUGUUAUCAAGUAAUUAUAUUUCACCAAUUACUAUCAUAAAUCAAGCUAUUUUUUCAACCCAAUCAAAGAUUUUUAGUUAUGAAACAAUUUGUGAUGUUGAAUUUGAUAAUUAUUUGAAUAAUUGGAUUACUAACUAUCAAAGAAUCAACGGGUUCAAUGAAAAACCAGAAUUUUAUAAGUUCCAAAUCAGAUCAGGUGCUGGAAAUAAUCUUUUAGGUUAUUUAGAUAAUGAUAAAUCUGGUGUUAGUGUAAUUGGUGAUGGUAAUGGUUUGAAAUAUAUGUAUCCUGCAUUAAGUCAAAACAAAUUACCUAUUGCUUUGAAUGUUUCAGCUAUUGAUUAUAAUAAUGAUUUAUUGGUUUCUAACUAUGAGAAAGUAUUAUCAUCAGCUAGAUCUUUGAAUUAUCCAGUAUUAACAGCCACUAAUCAUCAUGAUGGUAAAGAAUUACAAUUUUUGACUUUAUUAAAUCAAUACUUAUCUUUAUUGACUAAUAACGUUUCCAUCAAUUUAUUUGAAGGUUUAGAAUCAACUAAUUUCUUUACUAAGUAUGAUAAUUUAUUAUCAGUUGAAGAUUUAGCUUCAACUUUCAAAAACUUACAAUUUAAUGAUGAGUCAGGUGAUUUGAAUGAAACUGUUUCUUUUGCUAUUGAAAAAUUAAAUCAAUCACUUAAUACUGAUUAUUCUAACUUCAAAUAUAUUGGUAAUCCAAGACCAUCAACUGUUUUCGUGGUUUACGGUACUAACGAAUCUACUAAAUUAGGUGAAGUUUUCGAAAAAUUAACUGAUUUUUAUAAAGUUGGAUUAAUUCAAGUAAGAAUCCCAAUCCCUUUCAAUUUCAAUGAAUUCAUUAAAUUAGUACCAAAGACUACUGAAAAAUUAGUGGUUUUAUCACCAAAUAGUGGUACUAAUACUUCAAUUAAAGCUGAUAUUUCAUCUUCAUUAUUCUUAAAUGGAAUGUAUAAUCGUUAUGAUAUCAGUGAAUACGUUUAUGAAUUGAAUUUCAAUUGGACUCCAAUCACUAUUGUCAAAUUAUUAUCCCAAUAUGUUGAAAUUGAUGAAAAAAUCGUAUUAAAAGACAAUGUUGAUAUUGAUUAUCCUAUUAAUACUAAUUCUUCACCUAUUGGGCAAUAUGUCAUUUGGGGUAAAGAUAAUGGAGAAUUCUUUGAAACUGCUAAUAAAUUAGCUUUUACUUUAUCUUUAGAUGAUAGUAAAAAAGUUUCUAUCCGUAAUAAAUUUGAUAACUUAACUAAAGGAGGGAUUUUCCAAAGUCAAAUCAAUUCAACUGAUGGUAUUAAUGAAAUUGAUAGUUCGGAUUUAACUAUUGUUGAAGAUAUUGAUUAUUUCAAUCAUUAUGAUAUUAUUUCAACCACUAAACCCGGUUCUACCAUCUUAAUUGGUAAUUAUGCCAAAUUUGAUGAUAGUAAAUUAUUAUCUCAAUUAUCUAAAACCACCAAAGAAUCUUUACUUGCUAAUGAAAAUGAAAUUAUUGUUAUUGAUUUCUCAAUAUUUGAAGAUUUAAAGGAAUUGAAUGAUUCAACUAAAGGAUUCUCCAAUGAAUUUUUGAUUCAAUUUGGGUUCUGGAAACAAACAUUCCCUCAAUUAGAUUCAUUAAUUGUUAAUAAAUUAAUUCAAGGUAAUGGUGCUGGAUUUGAAUUAUUAGCUGCUGUAGUUGAUAAAUUUAUCACCGAAGUUGAAGCUAAAGGAGGUUUGAAACCAUUAAAAGUUGUCAUUGAAACUGAAGAAAAGGAUAAAGAACAAGAUGAAGAACAACAAGUUUUACCAUUUUUCAUUAAUGAAACUUCAUAUUAUCCAAAUCCAAGAAAUUCUAAUGAAAUCGAUUUAGAAGAAGCUACCACUGGUGGAUAUUUAGAUCUCGCAAAGAAAUUAACUUUCAACGAAUCUUUUAACACUAAAACUGCUUUGAGACCAGAUUUACCUGUUAAUAAUUUCAUUGUUAAAGUUCAAAAGAAUAUCAGAUUAACUCCUGAUGAAUAUUCUAGAAAUAUUUUCCAUAUUGAAUUUGAUAUUUCAGGUACUGGAUUAACUUAUGAUAUUGGUGAAGCUUUAGGUAUUCAUGGACGUAAUCAUCCUGAAGAUGUUGAAGAAUUUUUACAAUUUUAUGGAGUUGAUGGAGAUUCAAUUGUUGAAUUAAUCAAUAAAGAUGAUCCUUCAUUAGUUGAAAUCAAAACUGCUAGACAAUCAUUAUUAGAUACUGUUGAUUUCUUAGGUAAACCACCUAAAAGAUUUUAUGAAUCAUUAGCUGAAUAUGCUACUGAAGAAAAUGAUAAAGCUAGAUUAACCAAAUUAGCAGGUGCUGAAGGUGCAGAAGAAUUGAAAAAACGUCAAGAAGUUGAUUUUUCAACAUAUUUUGAUAUUUUAGAAGAAUUUAAAUCAGCUAAACCACCAUUUGCUGAAUUAGUUAAAAUCAUUGCUCCUUUAAAAAGAAGAGAAUAUUCUAUUGCUUCAUCACAAAAACUUCAUCCAAAUGCUUUACAUUUAUUAAUUGUUGUUGUUGAUUGGACUGAUUCCAAAGGUAGAAAAAGAUGGGGUCAUUGUUCCAAAUAUUUAUCUGAUUUAAAUAUUGGUGAUGAAUUAGUUGUAUCAGUUAAAAAAUCCGUCAUGAAAUUACCUCCAUUAUCAACUCAACCAAUUAUCAUGUCAGGUUUAGGUACUGGUUUAGCUCCAUUUAAAGCAUUUAUUGAAGAAAGAAUUUGGCAAAAAGAACAAGGUAUGGAAAUUGGUGAAAUUUAUUUAUUCAUGGGUUCAAGACAUAAAAAAGAAGAAUAUCUUUAUGGUGAAUUAUGGGAAGCUUAUAAAAAAGCUGGAGUUUUAACUCAUAUUGGGGCAGCAUUUUCAAGAGAUCAACCUGAAAAAAUUUAUAUUCAAGAUAAGAUCAGAGAAUCUUUAAGUGAAUUAACUGAUGCUAUGAUCACUAAAAACGGUUCAUUCUACUUAUGUGGUCCAACUUGGCCAGUUCCUGAUAUUACUGCUUGUCUUGAAGAUAUUAUUAUUAAUGCUGCUGCUAAAAAUGGUGAAACUAUCAAAGAUGUUAAUAAAGUUGUUGAAGAUAUGAAAGAAAGUGGUAGAUACAUUUUAGAAGUUUAUUAG